CAAGGCAACAUCUUAACACGCUAGACGCGAAAACAUUAACAUCUCGCACUCAUCGGAGGGAGUUCAUUAUGUGGGAUCCCUGUGAUUCGGCCCUCUCGGGGAGUUCACGUGCCACCACCCAACCGAGGAGUCCUUUCAUCAGAGGGCAGCAGCGCUAAUUGCCGAGCCAGAGCCAGAGAGGCGCUGAAGUGGAAAGGUGAUUAAAUUCAGCCUUUAGAGCGGAGGGCAGCGAGCGAAAUGCUCGCUCUUUCCGAGCCCACACCGCUGACGCAGUAGAGCCCACCCUUAACACCCCUCCUCCCACUGCGAGUGCAUGCGCGCACACAUAUAUGUGUGCGUUUGCGUGGCUGUGAAAGGCUCAGACACCGUUGGCAGCGCACACGGCUCCCGCGCUCCAUGCCAGCGCCGCUCAGCUGCGCUCCUAUUUGUCCGCCCGCCCGCUCACGCGCGCACUCCCCACACACUCCGCCAGGCUGGGUGUGAGGCACGGCAUGGAAUGGAACCUCAGAAGGAUGGAGAGUGAACUGAGACAGAUCAAUCCGGACUUGCUGCAGCCCAGCAAGAGCUUCAAGAAACCUUCCUCCGGCACCAUCACCAUCAACGUGGGGGGCUACCUGUACGCCGCGCAGCGCCACACCUUGGCCAAGCACCCUGGCUCUCUGCUGGAAGAGAUGGUGACGGGGAAGAAGCCCGUGCUGCACGUGGACUCCAUGGGUAACACCUUCAUCGACCGUGAUGGGCCCAUCUUCCGGCACGUCUUGAACUUCCUCCGACUGGGUGAGCUGGUGCUCCCUGACGACUUCAAGGAAGCUGAGCUGCUCCGGCGCGAGGCCGACUUCUACCGGCUGAGCGAGUUGACCCAAGCCCUGCAGGACUGGGAGCACCAGCAGGCCGCGCAGCGUGAGCCCGCCUUCCUGGAGGUGACGGACAGCCACGAGCGCUCGCAGGGUCUGCGGGUCUACUGCAGCGAGAACACCUUCAUCGAGAAGGUGAAGAACCGCCUGGUGCAGAUCUCCAAGAGCCGCCUGGACGGCUUUCCGGAGGAGUUCGAGGUGUCGUCCAACAUCAUCCAGUUUCGGCAUUUCAUCAAGUCGGAGCAGGGCUCUCGGCUUGUGCUGAAGCAGGACAGCACGUUUGUGUGUACACUCGAGUGUCUGAAGCUGGAGACGGUGAUGCUCGCUCUCAAAGGAGGCUUUCGCCUGCUCACCAGCCUAGACAGCAAUCGUGGAUCAGUGGUUCAGUGCGAGGCUCUGCAUUUUGUCAAGUGACCCGAGCGGAGCCGUCGCCAUGAACCACAUGACCUGCUGAAAACCAUCUUGCGUCAACAAACACCAGCGUCCUCAACCGAAAACCUGUUCUGGAAUACUCUACGCUAACCUGCUUCUACACGACAGCCUUGAGAAACCUUGAGAGAUGAUGUGUACUGUGCUGUGGGGUUUUGUUUUGGUUUGUGUUUGUAGUCGUCUUCGGUUCACAGGUGUUUUUACAGAAAGAGCAACAGUAGAUGAUUGUGAUGACAAUGAAUCUGAAUUGCAGAGUACUGCAGGAAUCUAAAGGCUGAGUGCAGCGAUCAUUACAUUUGUGCGCAAGUUUUGUGAUUUCUGGUAACGUGAACACGUAGUGAACAACAGGUUGUAAUUUUGAGUCUGUGAAUGUCUUGCACAAUAAAGCCACAUUAUAAUUUAUUCGAAAUACUGUGGAAAUGUUUAGAAACUGACUGUGACUGUGGUUCAUCUUCUAGGUGACAAUCUACACUGACAAACACUACAUUUGUCUGUGAACUGUGGAAUGUACGCUGGGCUGUAUAAAUAGAGCUACGUUUAUUUUUUCUUAUUUGCUGUGGAGUCGGCUUGUAAGAGAGAUACUCUGUCCUCAAUUGUAAGUUUGCAAUAUUAUGCAGCAAAAUGUGACCUAAAAUUAAAUUUCCUCCAGCAUUGAUCCAAA